UGGAUCAGCUCCAUCCCACCUCGGAAAUACCGACCAGGUGCUGCAGCGCCUUCCUCCGCUGCUCUCCACGGGCUGCUCUCACGGAGCGCAAUCGUUCCCACCGCCACGCUGUGACGGGAAGAAACCCGCAGUAAACACCAGCAAUGUCCGGCCAGUGACCGAAACCCUCCCGUUAGAUCUGCCUGUGUGCCCGGCUUGCAUGGCUCCCGGCCGCCGGCCGGACAAUAGAUAGCCCGCUCCCCCGCUGCAGCAGCUUCUUCUCCUCCAGCCGGCGGAGCUUUGUGAGUGAUCCUGCCCAGGAUCUCUGCAGCCCUCCCCGCGGCUCCAGAUGGCUGGACACGAGUGGGAAGACUGGUUCGAGCGGGAGGAGUUUAUCGGACAGAUCAGCGACAUGCGAGUGCAGAACCUGCAAGUUGAAAGAGAAGUGGUUCAGAAGAGGACCUUCACUCGAUGGAUGAACCUACAUUUAGAAAAGUGUGACCCGCCUAUUGAGGUCCAUGACCUUUUCCAGGACAUACAGGAUGGACACAUCCUCAUGGCCCUGCUCGAGGAGCUCUCUGGCUGCAAACUGCUUCAUGGGUUCAAGAAGUCCUCCCAUCGUAUUUUCAGACUCAACAACAUCGCCAAGGUCCUGUCUUUCCUGGAGGAGAGAAACGUAAAGCUGGUCAGCAUCGAUGCAGCUGAUGUUGCUGAUGGAAACUCCUCCAUCAUCCUGGGACUCAUCUGGAACAUCAUCCUUUUCUUCCAGAUUAAGGAGCUGACUGGGAACAUCAGGAGCCAUUUCCCCUCCUCCUCCAGUCUGUCAUCCAUCCCCACCAGCUCAGACUCUGACACGUCCUACUGCAGCACGCCGUCAGAUGAGAGACAGUCGGCAUCUACGGCCAUGCGAGAACACAGCAAGGCCAUCAAGAAACUGCUGCAGUGGGUACAGAAGCGAUCACGCAAGUAUGGUGUGGCAGUGCAGGACUUUGGGAAGAGCUGGACAAGUGGUCUGGCCUUCCUGGCUGUCAUUAAGUCCAUUGACCCCAGCCUGGUGGACAUGAGGAAGGCACUGCUGAGGAACGCCAGGGAGAAUCUGGAGGACGCCUUCAGGAUAGCCCACUACAGCCUGGGUAUCCCACGCCUACUGGAGCCUGAGGAUGUGACUAUUAACAGACCAGAUGAGCAAUCCAUCAUAACAUAUGUGUCACAGUUCCUAGAGCACUUCCCUGGCAUAGAGGAGCCGGAGGAGCCCUGCCAGCUGAUUGAACGAAGCGUUUCUAUGUGCCGACUCAACUUCCGUGACAGUGACUCCGACAACAUAAGGAAUGCCGCUCACAGAAGCAGAGUGAGGGAGAGGUCCUACAUGUUCCAGAGGGACUGUGCCCAACCCCCACCGAAAAUCUUAAUUUCCUCUGUAUCAGAGGACAGGAGCGCCAUGUCACCCCCCUUCAGGCGUGCUGCAGCUCGCUCGUGGUCCAGUGAAGACUUCUUAGCAGAUUCCCCCCAUAUGGAAGACAUCCCCAGCAGUGUGGUUGAAGAGCCCAAGGAACCUGCCAGUGAGGUCUUAACCAACUCAACCUCUAACUCCCCACGACUGUCUUACACUCACUCGCCCACUGGUUCAUCAGUGCCGGAGUCUGUAAACACUGAGUCAGUAAUUGCUGACUCUGCAAUCAGCUCACCAGACUCCUGGCUGGAGAGCGAAUUUGGGGUGAUGCCAGAGACGUUUUGUGAGAGCCGAAGUGACAGUUCUUUGUGUGACAGUGGAACAACCUGGGAUGUGUACCAUGCCACCCCUGUGGAGGUCACUACUCUUGAUGAAGGAUUUGUUCCGUCCAUAGAGGAUAGAGCACCUGAUGAGCAGUUGACUGAGUUGUAUAUCAAAGGGAUUUACUCACUGAGCUCAUUGGAGAACACACAGGAGAGAAUACAAGGGAAUUCUGAGAAAAAGGAAGCAGAAGUAGUGAAAGAGAAAGAGGCAGAGAAGAACCACAACCAGGACAUGGCACUAGAACAGGUACCUGUUCAUAGCAAAACUGGUAUUUCAAAAGAAGUAGACUCUAAACAGAUGGAUAGAAGUCUGCUUCAAAAAGGCGAAGUCCCCCAAGAGCAAGAACCUUCUUUUGAGCUGUGUGAUGCAGAAAUACUGACCAACUCUGGUGUAGAAGAUUUCCUUGAAACUGAUAAAACUAACCAGUCCCAACUCAGCUCCAACACUGAACUACCACACUCUGAUCAUUUUGAAGAACUCGUGAAGCAAACCAGUGUUGAAGAGAGUUCUAAGAGAGAACAGAAAUGUUUAAAGAAAGCUGUGAACUUCAUUGCGGAUGCACAGGAUCAUGAAGGACAAAUUAAUGGUCGAACUGAAAGUCAGAAUGAGGGAAAUAACUCUGACAAGGUUGAAGUGGAAACUGAAUGUCAGAAAACAGAUUCUUCUUCAGAGGAGACAAGAGGGGAGUCAAGAAAGGAGAUAGGGAUUUUAAAAGAAAGGGAUGAAGGGGUUGUAGAAACACAAGACGAAGAAAGUGAAGGAGCUCUAAGAGACUACCUAGAUCCUCAAGAAAGCUUUAGCUCAGAAACUUGUGAUGCUUUAGCAAUAACACAUCCAACCAACCAAGAUGGCGCUUCAAAAACAAGUCUAGACCCAAGCAUGAGCAUAAAUAUUCCUCUGAUCUCUAUUUCCAGUGAGCCACAAGAGCAGGAAAAAGAGGGAACAUGUGACCCAGAAACACAAGAUCAUGCUGGGGAUGAUGAGGUACAUCAGGCAGAGGCAACUGGAAGUAAAGGAACUGACACAGAUGUCAACAGCCCUCAAAAUCCAGAUGAAUUGAGUUGUGACUCCAAUGACAAUGAUGACAAAAACCCUGUUGAGAUUCCUUCCUGCCUGGUAUCAGAAAAUGUUAAACCAACAGCUUCAGAACAAAUAAGGGACAUAGAAAUUGGGCAUUUGGAUGAUGCAUAUGAACAUGACAUUAUCAGAUCAUCACAUGCACAUAUAUGUGGGCCAGACACAAUAGUUACCAUGGAAAUAAGUGAAACCACACAGGAAUGUGAGUCUCCUCACCACGACUCUCAGACAGGUAACACUGAGAAGGACUUUAUAGCUCAGACUUCUUCUACAGAUGCUAAAUCUCAACAUGUGAAUACUGAGCAGGAAAUAGAUUCAACUGAUCAACCUGAUGGACACCAGGACAAACUGGGUGACACCUCUUCUAACAAUGGGACAGCUACCACACAGCAAAUCACACUGGAUCCAGUCAACUUGAAACCAAAUUGUAUGACAGGGAUUUCGUGUUGUGAACCAGGUAGUGUGUCCAGAGACAUAGACUUGUUUUAUACAGACUUUGAUCAAAAUUCUCCCACAGACGAUGUAGUUGGUGACCCUAUCGAACCCAUGGAUCUGUUCUACCCUGACAAAGAGGAGCCUUUGUUUACAGAGCCCCCUGAUAGUGAAAUGCAGAGUUGGCCUUCUGUUUUGAGUGUGUCUGCUCUCCAGCCAGCGCCAGCUUCAGUGACUGUGCCAGAUGGUCAACCACUCAACCUGCUGGGUAAAGACCUCAGGAAUGGAGUGGAUUCAAUGCAAGAGAAUGACAAGGUGAUCACUAAGACCAACCAGGAGACUGACAAAGCAUCUGAAUUUAAGGAACACUGUUUGUUGCCCGGGGAGAAGAAAGGAGGAACCUGGGGUGGUAAUAUUCCAGCAGAUGGCAGCGAUCUCAGUGAGGCUGAGCAACAGAGCGUAGGCUCUGCCAGGGAAAACACAGAGCCUAUGAGGAGAGACACUAAAAGUUCCAGCAAACAAGAUGAAAGCCAGAUCUCUCCAGUUCUCCGUCGCAGAAAGGUUGCUUGCUUCACUGAGUCCAUGGACAAUCAGACAGCCGUGACUGCAGCCACCAGAAAAGCUGACAACAGUGACUCUGAUUUUUGGAGUGAGAGCUGGGAGCUAUAUCUGUUGCUGCUGCUGUGGCUGCUUCUCUACUGUUUCUGGCUGCUGCCACAGAUGGACCUGAAGACACUACCCAGCCUGCUGCUGAACCUCAACCACUGAAUACACACUUACAUACACAUAUACACACAUACAUAGUCACGGGAAAAAAGAGGAUUUUGUCAAAUAUAUAAACUUUAAUGCACCAUCACUAAAACAAAUAUAUACACACACACACACACAUACAGCUCAACUGCCACUCUUCUUUAAUUUUCAUUACACUGACGGUACUCCAAACCAAGUGAAAGCAUUUAAAAGAUGUGUAAUUUAAACUAGUAGAGCUUUUUUGGGCAGUUUUGCUUUUUAGCUUUCGAUGUGGCUUGAAUUAAUCUGUAUGACGAUGUAUGAGGGCCAUUGCUGGGGAAAAUGAAGUCUGAGAUUUUGAGAAAAACAGUAAUAAUAAAGAUAAUAAUGCUAUAAAAAGUAGUCCGAAUUUUGACAAAAAACUCAUAAUGUUAUGAGAAUGAAACUGUAAUUUUACAAGAUAAAACGUCAUAAUGUUACAACAUGAAGUUGUGAUUUUACAAGGAAAAGCCAUAAUAUUAAAAAAAAAAAGUUCAAAAUUUACAUGGACAGAUAACUUUUUCUCAAAAUUACAACUUCCUUCCUUCUAACAUUUCUCAAAAUAUUCCAAUUUUAUUCUCAGAAUCUUUUAACAGUGGCCCUGAUAUUUCGUUACAGUUCUGCUUGUGUUUUAAAGACACUGUGGAAGUUUGUGGUUUCUGCUGUGCAAAGCCGACAGAGCUGACCUUCUAAGACUAUAUGACUGUACAGCACACUCUGAUUUGUAGACAGAGAUAUAUACUUUGGAUGUAUGGAUGCACUGUUGCCUAUCUGAAUAGCCAUUUAAUCCAGAUGAAGAUGUUAAAAAAAGCUGCUUCCGGCUAUAUAUUAUAUAUAUAUAUCUAUAUAUAGAUAUAUAUAGAUAUAUAUAGAUAGAUAUAUAGAUAUAUAUGAAUGAUAAAGCCAGGCUUUUUGAGCUUAUAUACCUGUACUAUUGUAAAGAGAACUUAUCAGUCUGAAUGAAGCGGUAUUUUGGAUCUGUUGCACUGUUGAAAAAGAUUAGACUGCCAAAGAUGGUGUUAGAAGUGCUAAUGCAGAAAGCAAACAACUCACCACAAGCCCAAUAAUGGAAAUCUUGUUUUUAACACAUAGAAAGUCUAGUAUAAGUCUUGUGCUAAAGUGUCACCCAGCUCUAUAUUGUAUAAUAGUUGAAGCAGAAUAUGUAUUUGUAAUAUUUUUUGGCUCAUAAGAUGUAUGAAUGGAUUUUUUAAAAGUUUUAUGACAAAGAAAUGUUUUAUGUGAUUGAGCUUGUCCAAGCCUGUCAAUGAAAAGAGAAUGCUUUACAAUUAAAUACCUUUCUACAUGUUAUUUUUGAACAAUGUCUGUAAUGAAGCACUAUGACAAAGUGAACAUUCUUCAUUUGAUCAUUCUUCCACACCAGCCAACCAGUAGGUGAAGUCUCUGUUUACUGAAUAUAAAUACAGCUCCUGCAUCCCACUGACUGAGGGGCAGCAAAAAAGCCAUCCAUUCCAGUUCAGUACAAACUGGGUCAUCCCUAUAGCACAGUGCAUCAUAAUCUCAAGUGUGUGUGUGGAUGUGUUUUUCUACUUUUAUCCUCUUGAGAAGUAGAGCUAUGUCCCACUUCCAUACUAUUUACUAACUGCAUACAGUAUAGACUGUAUACUAAUGCUGUCAGUGCAUUGUUUUACUAGUUACUAUACAAGAAGUCAAUGCACUUUACCUUUUUGUACUAACUGGAAAUUAUGCGAUAUGUGCACUAAGGGACGUCAGUCAAACUUUGGAAUACCACUGUCAAUUACACUUCAAAAAGAGAAAGCAAAAAUGUUUUAGAUUUAUCCUGCUGAUUCGGGGGAUUGAACCGACGACCUCCCAGCCACAAGCUAACUUCAUUUUUGACCUUGGAAAAAGGCAAUCCCACUUCAAGGUCCAAUUUCUAGCUGUUUCCGGAGCAUUUCCAGUACAUAUUUCCGAAUGAAUUAUUACCACAAACCAACUGUCACACAGUGAAAAUGGGGCUUCCAAAGCAUUCCCCAUCUUUCCCUGACUUUAACAGACUUUAACAGAGUUCUUUGAGUUGCCUAACCAGAACCAUAAAAAACAUUAAUCACGCUUAAGUUGCCACAAGCAGAUAUAGUCAGUGGUGGAAGUACUCUUUAAGUAAAAGUACCAAUACAACAAUGUAACUGUACUCCAUUACAAGUAAAAGUCCUUCAUUCAAAAUCCUACUUAAGUACACGAGUAUAAUCUGCAAAAUGUACCUAAAGUAUCUAAAAUAAAAGUUCAUUUUUGGCAGUGA